AAAAAAGAGAGCUAGAGAGAGAGAGAGAGAGAGAGAUGAUUCUUUUUAGAGCGGGCUCGCUUUUCGGCUUCCUGAUCCUGGUCAGUGGAUUCCGGGAGUACGGGAGGCGGGAGCUGAUCAGCCUGCGGGAGGAGGUACGGUCCAUGUUCGAUUACGCUUAUACCGGCUAUCUGAUGCACGCCUACCCGUACGACGAACUGCGUUCGUUGAGCUGCGACGGCUUCGACACCUGGGGCAGCUUCUCCCUGACGCUGAUCGACGCCCUGGACACGCUCGCGGUGAUGGGCAACUACUCCGAGUUCCGCCGGGUCGCCGAGCUGAUCGGCGCGCGGGCCAACUUCGAGGCGAACAUCAACGUGUCGGUGUUCGAGACGAACAUCCGGGUUGUCGGCGGGCUGCUGAGCGCCCACCUGCUGUCGCGCCGAGCCGGCGUCAAACUCGAGCCCGGCUGGCCCUGCAAUGGCCCGCUGCUGCGCCUCGCCGAGGACAUGGCCAAGCGGCUGAUCGCCGCGUUCGACACGCCCACCGGGAUGCCGUACGGCACGGUCAAUCUCAAGUACGGCGUGCCGGAGGGCGAGACCAGCAUCACCUGCACCGCCGGCAUCGGGACGUUCCUGCUCGAGUUCGGCACCCUCUCCCGACUGACCGGCGACCCGCUGUACGAGGAGGUGGCUAUGAACGCCAUAAAGGCGCUCCACUACUACAAAUCCAAUAUCGGCCUAGUCGGCAAUCACAUUGACGUUCUGACCGGCCACUGGACCGCACAGGAUUCCGGGAUAGGCGCCGGCGUGGACUCGUACUUCGAGUACCUGGCGAAGGGCACUUUGCUGUUUCAGGAUCCUUUGUUGGCCUCGAUAUUCCAGGAGCACAGGCAGGCGAUAGAGAAGUAUAUCCGCCGCGAGGACUGGUACCUGUGGGUCUCGAUGACCAAGGGUCAGGUGACCCUCCCCGUCUUUCAGUCCCUGGACGCGUACUGGCCCGGAGUGCUGAGCCUCUUUGGCGAGAUCGACGACGCGAUGAAGUGCCUACACAACUACCACCGCGUGUGGAAGCAGUUUGGCUUCACCCCAGAGUUCUACAACAUACCGCAGGCCGAGGCGGGCACCAACAGGGAGGGCUACCCGUUGAGGCCGGAGCUCAUCGAGUCCGUCAUGUAUCUUUACAGGGCGACCAGGGAUCCGUAUCUGAUUCAGGUGGGGGUGGACAUUCUCAGAAGCUUGCAGCACAGCGCCAGGACCACCUGCGGCUACGCGACCAUCAAUGACGUCCGGGACCACCGCAAGGCGGACCGCAUGGAGUCCUUCUUUCUCGCGGAGACCACCAAGUACCUGUAUCUACUCUUCGACACCGACAACUUCAUCCACAACACCGGCUCCGAGGGCGAGAUAAUCGACACUCAAUGGGGCCAGUGCGUGGUGGACGCCGGUGGGUAUAUCUUCAACACCGAGGCUCACCCGAUCGAUCCCGGUGCUCUCUACUGCUGUCAUCCGGCGCAGGAGAUCUUCCCGGACAAGAGGCCGAUUCUGAAGAGGUUUCUCCCGAUGCAGAACCCGUCGCCGAUUACGGACAACAUCUCGCCGAACGAGCCUUAUCGUGAAAAAGACGCCGCCGACAAGGGUCAUUCUGAUAACGUGCUACCGAUCACGAUAGCGAAGUUGUCUGAGAUUAGGCAUUUCGCGGGCGAGAAGAAGGACGCCUUCAACGAGAGCGCCUCGACGCCAAACGCCUCGACGGACUCGCCGACGAUGACAACAACGAUGACGACAACGAUGACGACGACGACGACGGCGACGACUACCACGACGGAUUCCAUCGAGCAGGAGGAAAAGAAUGCGAGGGUCGAGGAAGAUGCGGAGACCGGGUCGAAUCAGAGCGCGAUGUCCCCGAGCGACCGAUCACAGGUCCUCGUGCCCUCGUCGAUGACGAUCUACAAGGCCGACGACAGCGACCACGGCGGUCCCGACAGUGGGGGUUUCAUCGAGUCCCCGAUGCUGUCGGGGAACGGACAAUACUCCAGCAACCCCGGCAGCGGAAUGACGACCGAGAGGGGCGCGCGAGGGCGAAACGCCACGUCGGGUUCCCCCGGCGCCAGGGCGAGAUUCGAGCCACAGAUAAUGCUGGAGAACAUCAGGCAGGGAAAUCUCUAUCCGACCAAUGUCACGGCGCGGCAAAACUAUCAGAUUCUGUCCUGUCAGGCUCAACCAUUCCUACAACGAAUGUCGAUCAUAGGAGAAUUUUUUUAGGACUUUAAAAACGCGCCGUCGUGGAGAAAAAGGAAACUCCGACGGAGUUUCUAAGUUUCGGCGAGAGGAAUUCUGUCGUGGCGAUCCUCAAAGUGUAUUUUUGAUUCGCACCCCCGUCUUUGUCACGAGAAAUGGAAUUCCACACGGGCGCUUCCGUGUCUCUUGCGUACGUUGUACUUUUAGGAUAUAUUCCUGUGAUAUGUAAUUGUUGUUGUAUAGUUUCUAAUAAAUAUAAGAUAUUGCAAGAUG